AUGGAAGCGACAUCGACCUCGAAAACAAACGAUGUGACCUCUGCCCAGUACGCGUCGUUCUUUGACCCCUCGACGCGCACGCGAAGCGGUUUGUGCCCCGUCACGCUCAUCCAGACUGGGACUUCAGCUGGGAAGGAGAGCCACGUACCCAGCCCGCUCGAGAGCCAUGAGCUGUACUUCGAGAUGCAUGGGCACGGGCCGACGAAGGUGGUGUUUAUUAUGGGACUGAACAAUACUUCCUUCGGCUGGGCGCCUCAAGUGGACCACUUUGCGAAGCUGGCGGAUGGUGCGAAGUACACCGUGCUUGUGUUUGACAAUAGGGGCGUAGGGAAUAGUGGGUCGCCGAUGGGGCCUUAUACGACGAGCGGUAUGGCCCGGGACGUCGUUGCGCUGCUCGACUUUGUUGGGUGGACCGAGGAAAGGAGCGUGAAUGUUGUAGGCAUCUCUAUGGGUGGCAUGAUUGGCCAGGAGCUGGCGACGCAGAUCCCAGAGCGCAUAGUUUCGCUCACUCUUGCGGUCAGCAAAGCGGGAGAGAGCCGCUGGGGCAAUCUAUCAUCAUGGGGAAACUUUAGUACUCUACUCAAAGCGAUGACGACCACCGACCCCAAAAUCAAAGUGCCGCUAAUAAUGGGACUGCUCUUCCCGGAUGCUUGGCUCAAUGAGAUAGCCGAAGGCGACCCAGAGGGGCGCACGAACCUCGAGGUCCAGACCAGCGUAUACACCCGCCGCCUCGCCAUAACCCGCCCUCAACCACCGCUCGGCUCCCUCUCCCAGUUCGCGGCAACAAUCACGCACUACGUCUCACCCGCGCGCCUGCGCACGAUCUCAUCGAGCAUCCCCAAGGUUCUCAUCGUCGCGGGAGACUCGGACAAGCUCGUCGAUCCGCGCAACAGCACGCUGAUGAAGGAGCGCAUGCCCGAGGCGGAGCUCGUCGUGUUCGAGCAGACGGGGCACGGGAUAUCGGCGCAGCGCAAGGAGCGGUUUAAUGCGUUGCUCGAGAGGGUGUUUGCUGAAGGCGCUGCGAAGGCGGGGCAGGGAGGGGGUGUUGGUGUGGCUUAG